AUGCCUGCCUUUGUGCCGGUUUUUGACCCUGAAGUUCCACGUUCUGAACAGGACCCUAAUUCCGAAAAAUUGUUAAAGCACCGGAAGUGGGAUAAUCCUCACGUUGUUCUUCCUAACACUAACAAGCGUGAGAAGCAUGAAAAAUCUUAUAAACGUUCAAAUCUCAGUUAUUACAGGGACAAAUACAACGAUAACAACAACACUGAUAACAAAAGGGAUGAUAAGUUCUAUCGCAGACACGUUCGCGACGAGUUCGACUACGUUGCUCCCAAAAGGAAGAAAUUUUUAAAAAGUGACCACAAGUCGCCAGAUGAUAAGUCCUCUCGCUCCGAUAAGAAGGUGAUUAAGACUGUAAAGAAGGAUGAUCCCAAGGCUGAGUACAAAUAG